UAUUUAUUUAUUUAUUUAUUCUUUUUUUUCUUCUACUUUAUUUUAUUGUCAUGUCACCUCAUCAACAUGUGCAAUAUAUUCUGCUGGCAGAAUUUGAUAUUGACAAAGGUGCAUCACUUACUUAUCAAUAUCCUAAUGAAACUGGAACGGAUGAACAUAUAUUAUCAGAACUCAUGUUACCAGACGGUGCUCAUUUACGUGCAGAAGAUUGGACUAUCUUUUGUCUGAAUCAAAUGAUCCCUAAUCCUGACAACGAACACGUUGUACGAACUACAAAUGAUAAUCCAUUAUUGUAUGUUCUCAAUUUAGUACGAACAAAAUACGAUGCUACUGCUCGAAGAGGUGCUCAUGUCAAGGCCAUGGCGAUUUGUACACGACAUCAAUUCCUUCACAUCUACAAGCCAGUAUUAUUACUCGCUAUGGAAAAAUAUUUUGAAAAACCUUCUCAAGAUAUAUUAGUGUCCUUAUAUGAAGCAGUGAACUCUAUGGAUCUGACAAGAAUGCCUAAUUUGAAUUGGCAUGAAAGACAAGUUUUACGUGCAAGUGAUGACAAAUCAAUGUUUGAAGAAAUGUUUGAUGAUGAUUUCGAAAAGGUACAAUCUCCAAUAUCAGUAACACCAACCACGGAUAUGAUCAGUCAAGGGGAUGAUUUCGAUACGGUAGAUCAACAACAUCUUUUACGACGUGGCACAUUUAUUGAUUUGACUUCUGGUCAAAAAGUCCUGACUGCCUUGGGAAAAGAUCGACACUUUUUUGAAACAAAAAUUGAUUAUGAAGGUAUCAAGCUACCUAUUCGUGUACCAUUGACAAUGAAUGACGAAGAAGUCGGUGAUUUCUCUUUGAUCAAAUUAAUUUCCACGUUCUCACCGAAUCAAGCACAACCUGGUUCACCUAAUCCUCACCAUCCUCACCUAGAUUCUCAAGGGCCCUUUACACAUCCGAUCUUGCUCCUAUUAAACGCUUUAUUGACUCAAAAACGGGUAGUCUUUUUGGGAUAUGGUCAUCCAUCAGGGGAAGUGGCAAAUUAUGUUUUAGCUGCGUGUGCAUUGGGAAGUGGAUGUGGAACUGUCUUACGAGGAUUUACCGAACGUGCAUUUCCUUACACCAAUCUGACUAGUGUGGAUGAUUUAUUGAAAUGUCCUGGAUUUAUUGCUGGUGUCACUAAUCCAACUUAUGAAGAACAUACUGCUUGGUGGGAUGUUUUAUGUAAUAUUAGUACGGGUAAAAUCACAGUUAGUAAAGAUAUUCAAGUCAGUGCUCCUGGUAGAAAACAAUCAUUGGCCUAUUUUGAAGAUGGAUUUGCAUCAUUAUCUAUUGGAAGAGUAUCUGGUGGAAGUUCAGUUUCUUCAUUGAAAACGGAUGACAAAAAUGGUAAAGAACGUGAUUUCGAUACAGAAUUCAUGCAAGAUGUACUCAGUUCCAUUCAAGCACAUUAUGGUGAAACGUCAAUUCGGGCAAAGUUCCAAGAUUAUGUGCUACGGUUUGUACGACUAGCAGCAUUAUAUGAAGAGCAAGUAUACCAAGAAAGCAAGAUUAGUUGGACACCUGAUUCUGAAACGGAUCCUACUGGAUUGUUGGGUUCUGGGGCUGUUUUCCCUGAUGAUGCCACCAAACAGCGUGAAUUGGCGGCCAAUGCUAGUCGAAUUGAAGGUUGGCGACAAACAUUAUCUUACAAAUAUGUACAACGUGACUUUGAAUUAUGGAGACAAGGAUCAGGCUUGAAGAAUUUAGAUGUCCAUCGUCAAUUGACAAAAUUGAAGUAUUUACGCAAUUUACCCGACAAAGAAGUGAUUGCUAUUUAUGAAGCUUUUUUGAACAAUAUCGUUACAGAAAGGCAGAUCAUUGAGUUCCUUUCACAUUUACCUCAAUAUCAUGGCGGACUAGUACCACUUGCAACAGGAUUAUUCCAUUCUUCCAAUAUUGUCAGACAAUUCACUGUAGAACUAUUCCAGCGAUUAGAAAGGAAUCCUGUAAGGAUAUAUAGAAAAAGAGAGAGAGAGAGAGAAAAGGGAAUAGAUUUAUCUGAAGUUUUUUAUUAAUAUAAAUGUUGGUAUUUUUUUUUUAUUAGACUGGUUAUAGAUUUGUCCAAAGUUUACCUCGAUACCAUAAAAUGACAUUUGAACGUUUAUCACAAACGAUGGGUGUACCUUCAGUAUAGAUACAUUUAAUUAAUUUAUCUUUUUAUUAUCUUAUUUUUAUUCAUUUACAUUAAAAUUACUGAAUGAUCUAUUUCGAAGACCGAACUUGGUGUCUUUUC